UGAACGAUCAGAUACAUCACAUUGCUCUGACAAAGGCCAAUACUCCCGAACAAGGACUCUCUAAUAGCGCCAGCAAUGCGCCACCCGUAUCUCUCCUAGCGCAUCGCCGUUCUCAUGCUCUCUAAAUCGCCACAAUGGAACGCAAUGGCUACGCGCGACCUCCAGGUCCUCCGGCGACUGGGGAGCAACAAGGAAGACAUGGCUCAAGUCGGGGACGCGUGAAGCCAUUUUCUGUGCAAGAGGCUCUCGCCCAUUCCCCGAUGUCCUCAGUUGUCCCGUUCAAUACUGGUAUUAUCCCGUUACCUAGCAUUGGCGACAGAGCAUCAGCUUCUAUAUUUGCUACACCAGCAGAAGAGAAUGCUGCCAGAGAAGGUCUUGCUAUACUCGAUGGGCCAACCUCGGAAUCGAACGGCACGACACAAAGACUUGGAAAGGCUCUGAGUGACCUGCAACAACUUCUCAGACCAGAGGGCAUAACACAAUUCAAGUUCAAAACUGCUCCGACCGCUGGCAGAUCGAAGCCAGACAAUCCGCCCCCAGCUACCCAGAUGUCCACGUUCGCCCGAAUGCUGCUUGAUACGACAACCAUAGGGUUUGAGCCGUCAAUGCCGGAUGCUCCUGAACCCCAGUUUGCGAGUGGAAAUGGUUCUCAUGCUCCAUCGAAGCCAACAUCAUCUAGCCGACAAAAACCCACAAAGAAAAGCUCUGUCAAACAUCCACAGACCAAGGAUAUCCAGUCCCACCACCAACCUAAAUCGGAGAAUGGCAAUCAUGCACCCGUCAGAAAUGCAUCUAUAGAGGCUGCAGCAUCACACUCGAUGCAAACCUACAAUCCACGGACCAUAACUCCUCCCAGAGAACCCAGCGAGAUGGGUGGCACUAGGCUGUCUUCUACGGGUUCGAUAGCUGAUGUUCCACAAUCAUAUUUCGAUUCAGAGUACGCCGUUUACAACGAAAACGCCGAAAGUAUGCCAUCUCCCACGGACCGCGCCGUGAGAAAACGCAAAUUGUCCGUAGACGAUGUCUUAGAAGGGCCGGACCAGCGCGAGCAAGCUGAUGCCGCGUUUCGUGAGCUGCAAGAACACUUGCAGGGCGUUUUCGAAUCAGAAGGUAAUCCGGGCGGCCAUGGCUUAUGCGAAAAGAUUGGGGAAGAUAAUGUUACUAGCCUCACAUCCCCUGCUUUGUCGAAGGUUCACAUUUUGCUUCAGAAGAUUAUUUCCUUGGGCAGACUUCCCCAGGUGCCCGUCGGCGAUCUUACCAGGCUCCAAAAGCUUUGUGAUGGGGCUAUCAGAGCGACUGGUGUUGUUAGUUUGAGAUUUGACGAGACCUGGGAAGAAUCCGAUAUGGAGACGUUCCUAGAAAAUGUUGCUGUGGCUGAUAUCGGGCUUAAAUCUGCGAGAGCCUCGCUCCGGAUCAUGACUGGUGGCCGUGAAGAAAAGCAACUCUACUCCGAAGAAGUUAUUCAAGCAUCAGUCCACGCUUUGAACAAUGUGCUAGACUCGUGCGUCGUUCCAAUCGUCGAGCUCCGCGACGCUGGAUCUCAAUCUUCCGUCUUUAAGCUUCUUUCGACACACAAGAAGACCAUUAGGGAUAUUGUUUUACAAUGCGUGCGAGUACUGAGCCUCUUGAGGGAUCUUGUCUCCACUAUUGAGCUAUCCGAGACCGUCAUAAAUACUCUAGAGUAUACUGUGUCGCGAUUGAUUUUUGUUGAAAACGCUCACAGCGAGAAAGAUUCGGUUUUGGGAGUAGCAAAAUUCGACAAUCUUCGAGUUGUAGCGAUGGACACCCUGGCACAGAUUUUUUCGAGCUACACGGAGCAGCGGCAGGGAAUUUUCGACGAAAUCCUCACGUCAUUGGAGAAGCUUCCCGUGGCAAAGCAAAGUGCGAGACAAUUUAAGCUGGCUAGUGGAGGCAGCAUCCAGCUGGUGUCGGCUCUCAUGAUGCGCUUGAUCCAGACAAGUGCAAACAAAUCAAAUUCGUCUCCACGAAUGAGCGAAGCGCAGGAUGAAGAAGAUGAAGAUGCUGAUGGCGAGGCCGAUGAGCCGGGCUUCCAGAUCCUCAUGGGAAAUGGGCCACUUCCUGCAGUCUACGAUACAGAACCGCGUGCGGCUAGGCAAUCCUCAACAGCUGUCCAGGAGCUUCAAAAAACAGUACAACCACUCCUUAGAACGGCGAAGUCUAGUGCCUCUUACGUGGUCAAUUUUAUUGUCCAGCGGGCAAUGACGUCCACCAAGACUGGGGAUGCACCAUACCGCAACCUACUCGAUCUCUUUGUCCAGGACUUUAUUACUUGCCUGAACUCGAUGGACUGGCCAGCAGCUGAGUUACUUUUACGCAUAUUUCUCAUUAAUAUGGUGAAUCUUGCAGAGGCCGAUAAAACUCCGCCUGGCGCCAAAAACAUGGCGUUAGAUUUACUUGGCGAGAUGGGUGCAGCCAUAUCAAAGCUAACGUCCGACGUUCGAAAGCUGACCGAGUCGCCUUACAACGAUGGCCCAGACGAAGUCGACGGCAUGCCCUUCCGUGUAUUAUGUUCCUAUUUCGAAGACAAGCUUCACGUUCAGGACCUUGUCAAUUGGGGUGGCCCGUACUGCAUCUCUCUCCAAUACCUCGAUGAUCGAUAUGGAACCGACAGCAUCCUUGAAAGCGCUGUUGGGUACUACACCGCCGAUUGGGCAUCCCAAAUUUGCGCAAGUUACGAUGCUCCUAUAGAGGACGAUCGAGAUCGGACCGAGCUCGAGCGAAGCUAUGGACGAGUUGCGUAUCGUCUUCGCAUGAUGAUUAACGACAAGAGAUGGCUGUCUACGGAGUACAGUGCUCCUCGUAUUGAAGAAGUUCGGGCAAAACUCGCAUAUUCUUUGACUCUACUUAACUCGCCAUUCUGCAAAGCUUCUGAACGCGUUCUGAUGAUUCUUCUCAAGUCCAUGAGCAGUGAUCAAGCCAUAGUCCGAAGCAAGAGUUUAAAGAGUGUCAAUCAAGUUCUUGAGACAGAUCCAGCAAUACUUGACCGAGGCGAAACAGUCAUCCGACUCAUAUUGAAUUGCUUGAUGGAUACUUCGGUGCAGGUUCGAGACUCAGCUUUAGGUCUUGUUACUAAGUGUAUCGGUCUCAGACCGGUGCUCGAAAAGGAAGCAUUGCCUGCAAUCCUAAGGGCGGUGAUUGACUCCAAUGCUGGGGUACGAAAGCGUGCGAUCAAGCUGAUCAAGGACGUGUACCUUCGAAAUACCGAUAGGGAUAUCAGAAGUCUGAUUGCAGAUGCACUGCUUCAUAGAGCGAAGGAUUUGGACGAAAGUGUGCAAGAAUUGGCUCGCCAAGUUAUCGAAGAAAUAUGGCUGUCACCCUUUUAUGGGCAAGAUCCAACAGCAGAUGAUGCCGUUCAGCGUCGACUGGCAAUCACCGACCAUGUGACAUUAAUGGUGAAAACCAUACAGCGCAGUUCGGAUAUAGCUGGUGUCCUUGACCGGGUACUGCAGAGUUCUCUAUCGAGUACUUCAAAGAACGCAGCUGCAAACUUCAAAGUCUGCAAGACAUUUGUAGCUACAAUGUUUGAAACGAUAAUUGGCGAUGCUGGAUUAGGCGGCCCCGACCGUCUCGAAACGAAGGAUGCAUUGCAACUUCUCAUGACCUUUGCGAAGGCCAACUCCAAGCUUUUCACGACAGAUCAGAUCCAGCUUCUGCAGCCUUUCAUUGCAGACGCUAAAACAGAGACUGAUAUCACAAUUUUCCGCUGUGUCAUUGUCAUAUUUCGACAUGUUUUCCCUCAGCUCUCGACGCUGCACUCUCAGUUUCUCAUCGCCGUUCGCCAGACCAUAAUGCCAACGGUUUCUCGUAUGCAUAGAGCUGCGCUUGACGACAUCUUUGCAUGCCUCCGGAUUAUAAGCGAAGUUCUCAAGAACACGGAUAACCUUGCACGGCUCAUAUGUUCCACAAUUGAUAACAUUAGAAAGCUCGGCAAGACGGAUUUCUCUGACACAAAAGCUAAUGACAAUGUCCGCAAGAUCUCUAAGCUUUUCCUCAUUACAGGAAUGUGCGGGAAGCACUGCGACCUGGACAGCCAGAUCACCACCUUUCGACAAAAGUUCCCACACUUCAAAGGGAACUCAGUAUCAAAGCUCAUGGUUGAUACAUUCGCACCAUUUGCAUCUCCGUCCCAGCCUCUUGAGAUCAGAAAGGCCGCAUUGGAUGCAAUAGGACUAGUGUGCCAAUCGUGGCCGAAAAACUACGAUACCGCUUCUAUCUCAACUGCCUUCCAAGCCGCAUUUGAAGAUAAAGUCCAGUCCCUAGAGUCUGUCAUCAUGGGAUCAUUCAAGGAGUUUUUCCUCUCCGAAGAGAAACGCUCUGAUCCAGACGCGGAGCCAAAUAUUGGGGCUGGUACUGAGACGGUUGCAACUCUCGGAGUCAUGGGCGGAAGCCGACAUGAUGGAGUCAGCACAUAUAUUUACCAAAAAUUCAUGCCCUACUUGACCCAAAUUGCCUUGGCAACUCAAGAUGACCAUGCCUUGCUAGCUACUGAGAUUCUCACGAGCAUCAAUAGGCAGGGCCUGAAUCACCCGAAAGAGUGCAUGCAAACAUUUGUUGCCCUCGAAACAUCGCAAAACAACAUUAUUGCGAAGCUAGCAUUUCAAGAGCAUCGGUCACUUCAUGAAAAACACGAAACCAUCCUUGAGAAAGAAUACACGAGGGCUGUUCAACUGGCGUUCACAUACCAGCAUGAUGUCGUUCAAGACACACGUGGAGCAAUCAGCUCUACUGGCGAUCCGUCAACGGCCAAGUAUGCAGCAAAGCUGCAUCUCUUGAUAGACGUUCUCAACAUCAGCAAAGUUAAGAUAAGAAAGAGAUUCUACGAGAGCUUAUGCGCUCGCAUUGAUUUUGACCAAUCGAAACUUGACGCAACCGAGGAUUUUCCUACACAUGUCGACUUUUCUAAAUUCGUCAUUGAAAAUUUGGCCUUCUUUGAAUAUGCCACCGUGGAUGAGCUUCUUGCAACUAUUUCUGCGAUGGAGAAAGUUGUUACUGGUACAGGCAGUAAUGUUGCUCACGCCAUUGAGACGGAAAUUUUUAGCUUGCGCAUGGUGAAUGGCCAAGCCGAAACCGAGCCAGGACAAGCGGUCGUUCCUUCAGCGGAAAGCGCCAUUGAUUUGGGGCGUCUACGCCAGCUCACGGCCGGUUCUAUGGUCCUUUCCUGCCUCUGGGAAGCACGCACGCAUCUCCGCCGCCUCUACGGCUUGAUGAAUAGUCAGAAUUCUCGGCGUGAGGGUAAGGCAAAGGCCAACGUUAAAGACCUAAAUAGGGCACCAACCAAAGUACCUUUUGCAAGUGGCGAUAAGUUCUGGGACGAGAGUACGAGAAUAAUGUCUUGUCUCGGGUCUCGAGAAGCUAUGAUGGACCAAUGCAAGGAUUUUGUCGAACUCCUCACUGUGGACAAGGACUUCAAGAUCGCUGCGGAAGGGGAAGAUGAUGUUGCCGCUCAAGCUCGGCUGCGGACUCCAAGUGAUGACGAAGAAGCAUCCCAACCCCCGAGCGGUAGCGGGAGGGGACGAAAGCGCAAGGCCAGCGGAACACCAGGUGGCCGGAAGAAAGGCGCACGAUCAAAUUCGAAGGGUCGGUCGAAGAAAAAUAAGCGGGGAAGUCCGGACAGUGACGAAGGGGAUGAUUACGGGAGUUAAUGGGAGAACAUAUUUUAUUUUCUGCAGAUAUAUAUUAUGGGCAGUGGUGUUUAUGGGGGGGAGAGGAGUUAUAUUACAGGGCUAUAGCUGGUGCUACGGGAUGGCAUUUACGGCGGCGAACAUGACAUGGCUUUAUCGGCAUUGCUUUGCUGCAUUGGGCGGCAAUAAUUUCCCCAGAAGAGCUGUAUACGCUUGAUAUAGAGGUGGAUUUAAGAAGCCCAUCUCGCAGGAAAUGGCUGGAAAAGAUGGAAUCAUCAACAAGGCAAACUGGCACUGAUUGCAAUUUAGCAAUUUAGCUAUAUAGCUUUGAAACGAGCAGAAUAGUCAGUUGCG